GAUGAAAAACACACAAGCCAGUAGCUCCCUCUGGUGGUGUGGAGGAAUGAGGGCCUCUGGAUGAAGGCCAUGGAGCUGAAAGUGUGGGUGGACGGGGUGCAGCGCAUCGUGUGCGGCGUCACAGAGUUCACCACUUGCCAGGAAGUGGUCAUUGCUUUGGCACAAGCCAUCGGACGGACCGGCCGCUACACGUUGAUUGAGAAAUGGCGUGACACGGAGCGCCUCCUGGCUCCACACGAAAACCCYGUGGUGUCCCUCAACAAGUGGGGUCAGUACGCCGGCGACGUGCAGCUCAUCCUCCAGAGAAACGGCCCGUCCAUCAGCGAGCGGCCGACCUCCGAGGGGCUGGCUCGUGUCCCAGAGAGGGGGCUCUACCGCCAGAGCCUCCCACCUCUGGCCAAGCUUCGCUCGUCUGGGACGGACCGCUCGUUCAAACGAAGGGAGCCCAAACGCAAGUCGCUGACCUUCACCGGGGGCGCCAGGGGUCUGCGGGAAAUCUUUGGAAAAAGCAGAGAUGCUGAAGCCAAGCAGACGCAGCAUCGUGGCGUGAACCUGAACCUGAGCAGACUGGGAGGUGGAGGAACUGCGUCUCUGUCCGGGAGUCCUGCCAGAGAGCUGAACCAACUGGUGCAGCUGCAGAGGGACAAGCUCCAGGCGCUGGAGAGCCAUCUGCUGGGCUGUGAGGCCGAGCUGCAGGACUGGGAGGAGGUCACAGGCCAGAGCAGCGAUGAGGGCAACCUGGAGGACGAGCUGCUGCUUUUGGAGCAGCAGGUGAGGAGGAACGACGCGGAGGUGGAGGAGGAGGAGUUCUGGCAGAACGAGCUGCAGAUCGAGCAGGACGGAGAGCGGCAGCUGCAGCAGCAGUUAGCAGAGCUGCAGGGCCGCGUGCACGACUGUGAAGCCAGACUUUCAGAGUACUUAGUGCGUGCUCAGAGUUUGGAGGCCAGCCUGGAGCGGGAGGCUGAGCUCAACCUGAAGGUGAAGGAGGAGGAGGUGCAAGCCCAGCUGCAGAAAGUGAGAGAAGAGCUGGAGGUGCAAAGCCAACAAACGGCACGGCUGGACAGCAGCUGCAAGGCGUUGGAGCGCUCGCUUUGCCAGUCAGGCAAGAGACUUCAGGAGAAAGAGCAGGACUUGGAGCAGCUGACGAAAGAGCUCCGACAGGUCAACCUGCAGCAGUUCAUUCAGCAAACAGGCACCAAAGUGACUGUGCUGCCUGCACAAGCUGCAGGGGGCAACAACGGCAACGAUGUGGAGUGCGGCUCUCUGAAGCGACUCGGUUCCUCCCGACUUUUACCCAGCGACCUCCGCGCCCUACAGAGCCGGGUCUCAUCCAGCCUAAACCCAGAAGGCAUCUACGUCUGAACUCGGUGAAGUCCAAAACAGACGCACAGCUGAGCGACCCGACGACACGUCUAAAAACUGGUGUCGGACCUCCAGUUCUCCAAAACAAGGGGGGAAAACUUGCAUCUGUUUUUCGUUUUGCCUCCAUCCCGCUGGAAAUGGGAUUCAAACUGAUGUCAAUAUCAGUGUGCAUAUUUAACGUUUUAACUCCGAACUGUGGCGGGUGAGCGAGUGCUCCCUCGGAAUCACAAAGCAAAAACCAAACCAGCAGAUCUGUUUUUUUCAGCGAAUGGACGCUUGAGGCCACCGCUGCAGACAAAUUGUAUUUACAUUUCUGUAAAUUGGAAGAGAAUUUCAGGAGUUUUGUCUGAUGUACAGAAAUACUAGAUGCAUGAGCAUGCACAGACCUCACUUGUGUUAUAACCAUAGCCAUAUCUGGUUGCCUUACCCUGGUGUUUUUAGCACCAGACACCAAAAACGAAGGAAGUUAAAAAUAAAACUUAAGGUAGUUGAAAACACUAUGCGCCAUAUAAAUUUUAAAAAAUGCAUCCCGGCAAUUCAGGAAACUGCUGGUCAUGAUAAUCAGUGUCAAUGUAGCUCAUACCUGGAUCGAGGUUUUCUUUUUUUUUUUUCUUUUUUACACCAAUUUAGAUAAUCGUGUGGUUUAAAAUGCAAUAUAAACUAACCUAUUUUUUUGUAUUUUACAUUUAUGAAGGAAAUCCCCUGCCUGUCAUGAGCACAGCAAGGGGAGAAAACACUUAAAAAGCCUUUAGAGUAGCUGAAAUGUUAUAAACUCAGUGUUAAAAUGCAGUGUCAAUAAGUGACCACCAGGUGGCGACAAAACACAUGUUAUCCAGGCAUCGUACACUGGUCGUGUAUGAAUGUGGGUCUUAAUCUGGAACAAAGCCUAAGCACUUUAUUUAUGAAGGUGCCACUUUUUUUCAUUUAAUUUUUAACAUUUUAACAAACUAAAGAUGUCUCAUAUGAACCAAAGCUAGUGUAUAAAAAUAAAUCAAUAGUUAGAAGAAUGUAUUUUAUAUAUACAGAUAUAGAUAGAUAUGCCGUACAUAUGUGCUAUAGUGUCAAAAUAUAAAAUGUGUUUUAGUGGGCGGGGCUAUCACAGAUCAUUCAAAAAGAUACCUACAGCAGGUAAGAUAUUAAUUAUUCAUAAUCUUCCCCAACUUCAAAACAUAUGAAGUAUCCCUUUAAAGUCACCUUGACAUUAAGUUUGAUAUUUAAGUGUCUGUUGGACACAAAGUCUUUUAUAACCUAGUGGUUAAAAGAAGAGGAAAAAAUAUAUACAUUAAAAAAAUGCUGACUCAUCCUGCGUUUAGUUGCAAAUACAAAUGUAGCUUUCUAUUAAACACUUUAAACAUUUAAUUUCAGCAGAGACGAUGUGAAAUCYUUCUCAGGGUGCCGUCAGGCCUCAGCAACUAGUUUCACAAGAAAUUUGUUAAGAAAAUCCUGCUUGUUUUCUGGAGGUGUAUAUUUCAGUUUUCUGCUACGCAUCGGCUCUUUUGUUUUCAAGCUGUUUUAAUUUGCGCCGCCAUAAAUCUCCAUUUGUCCACGAGCUUGAAAAAUUCCCUGCAGUUUAUUAAUUUUUUUAUUUUUUUAUUUUGUAUGUGACAAACACUGGCUUUUCUGCACUCACUUCAUCUGACAAGCUGGAAAACCUUAUCUGAGCUUGUGGAAAGAUGUAUAGUAAAGUGAACUCCACCCCUCAGCUUCUUUUAUCACAUUUCUUUUUUCUAACCGCUCAGCCACAGGAAGCUGCUUCUGGAUUGUCAUGGUAACAUUCUCAGCCCCUCGCCAACGAAAAGUUUUCAAUAAUAGCAUGCCUUACKGAGAAGAAACGAACGUCUACAUAUCACGUCAAUGUAAAGACUAUUUUUACAGUAGGCUGAGGUCUGAUAUAUGCAGAAUGGCAGUUCAUAGACUGGAUGUGCAUGCUGAUGUGUGCUCCGUUUAUUUGAACUCCCAAUUAACGGCAACCAAGAAAAUUCCAUCCCGUUUUGCCCUGUUGACUUUUAAUGAGUGGGUUUUAGCAGGAAUAAAAACAGCAAAAACCUCCUCAUUAUUUCCAUGCCUUCUUUCUCUUUUUUUUAAUUUUAUUUGACAAUAAUGCUUCUGAAUGUAAAGCGGAGCUGUGUUGCAUUGGAUAAAACAACGCCGUGGCUGCUUGUUUCUUCUCUGAUUCACGCUGUAAGACGUUGACAAUAAUUGGCUUCUGUUGAGCCAUUGGUGGCUCUUUUUUUUCCCCCCACAGCAGAAGUGCAUACACAAAUGAGAUGAUGGAGCCAUUAUGAAAACAGCCAUCAAGAGGUUUUUUAAAAAAAAGCUUAUUGAGAAACGUCGUGGCUCAGGGACAUUUCAAGAUGCAGCAUUACCCAGACAAGAAUGGAUGGAAAGUAAUUACGGAUAAAUGCUUCCUUUUUUUCCCCACGACGUCUCGAUCUGUUUGACAAGUUAAAUCAAAUGUUUGUUAUAUGAAGGACCCGACGCUUUGAUGCAUCGUGGCAAAGUGAAGUAACCGUGGAGGAAAUGUAAAUAUUAAAAAGAAGUGUUUCAGAUGUCCUCGAAGCACCCUUCAAAGUGUUUACAUCAACACUCCUCCUGUAAACAUCCUAAUCYGAUGCUUUAACCUUAAAAUAUCAAAUAUUCUACUUAAUAUUUUGUAUUGUCUGCCUACAAAGUCCCCCAYUGUAUUUUUUUAUUCUGUCAGAAUGUAUCCAACCUUCCUCUUCGGGUUCAAGUUGCUUAUCGAAUUCAAGAAUAAUGUAAACAUAUAAAUAAGUGAUAAACAUGGUAAUGUUAAUAAACUGAUGCUCAGUGCUGAA